AGCUACCAAUCGUAGCUGUUUUUGCUCUAAGUGACGUCACAUCCGUGAAUAAUAAUUGAUUUUGAGUUUGAGCGUAAUAUAAGAUGCCGUAUAAUAAUGUGUAGAAUGUUAUUGUGCUCGUUUACAGCGAAAGCAAAAGCCGUAUGUGUUUACAAGGAAAGAUUAUAUUGUUAUUAAAAAUUGAUAUAUUGCUGGUGUAGAAAGAGAGAGAGAGAGACGGAAAAAACCUCCAACCCCAACAACAAACAUGUCCGAAACGGAGAAAAAUGUGACGGAGUCGAAAGAAACUUCUUCGAGUGUUUCUCCAAAGAAUCACAAAAGUUCUGUGAACAAAAAUCGAGACAGUGAGAAAGUCUCGCCGGUUAAAUUAACCUUCGGGAUGGACACUAUCAUAAACACGAAAGAAAAUAUAAACAGUGACACGAGGUUAAGUGCAAUCGAGGACUCACCCGCGGAAGAGAAACCCACCCCAGUGUCGCCCCCCAUUCGGGAACCUAAUCCUUUCAGUAUGGACUGUAUUCUGAACUUACCAAGCCCUUCCAAGUCCAAGGAAACCUCCCCGAGCACGGAGAGAGAGCACCACCCCAUAAGUCUGCCCUAUAGGUGGGCAGCAGACUGUAUGACCAGCAUGUCCUGGCCCCUGAAACCAGGACAUUUUUCUCCUAAAUCUCUCCCAGCUCCUCCGCAAACAAUGGGCGUGCCAAAAAUAUGCACUCUUCGAAAGCACAAACCAAACCGGAAGCCAAGAACUCCAUUCACAACUGCGCAGCUCCUAGCCCUGGAAAGGAAGUUCCGGCAGAAGCAGUAUCUAUCAAUAGCAGAACGUGCCGAAUUUUCGUCAUCCCUGAACCUGACGGAAACCCAGGUAAAGAUCUGGUUUCAAAAUCGGAGAGCCAAAUCUAAAAGACUGCAAGAGGCAGAGUUUGAAAAGUUUCGGUUGACGGCGAAACCCAUGAUGCCCCCAGUGUUUGGUGUGACUAUCCCGGCUGCGUUCGGAACGAACGGUGCGUACAUGAAUUAUGGUGGAAUUUCACCACCGAGUCUGUCAACGCCAUUGGGAUUUUUCAAUGCACUCCAUAGUUCGUUAUUCAGUGGGUAACAAAUACCGAAUUUGUUGUGCUCACUUGAGAUGGAAAUCCUGACACAAACAAUGUGAUAUUUAAAUACUGGAGAACCUUGAAGUCGAAAACAAAUACAACAGUGUCUAUAAUUCCGCUCUCGAGUACAUAGGCGUAUGGGGACUCUUU